GAUGGGGCGAGGCCUGGAGCUAGCGCAGCUUGUCCAGCUGCGCCAAGCAGGCGGAGGCGUGCAGAGCCGGACGGUUCGGAGGCAUCACGGAGCUGGGGUCCGCGCAGCUCAGAGGCAGGAGAGCAAGAGGGGCCCCUGCCCAGGACACGGGGUUGGGGGACUCGCGGGCGGCCCUGGGCCUGGAGCUGUCCCGGCCAGGCAGGCCCUGGGAGCCCGGGGGAGGGGGAGCAGAGUGACCCUAUAGGGACUCAGAGUCCCUUCCGAUUCCAGUUGCCCUCUGAACCCCGGGUUUCUGAACCGCAGUGCAGGCCGCAGCCUCUAUGGCUAAGCCUCAAUUUGGGACUCUGGGUCCUCUUUCUGAGUCCUAGGGGUGUACCCAAGCCUCCUUUUCUGGAUUCCAUCGUGUCCCUCAGCCAUUGGUUCCCUUUCUCAGCCUCGGUAGAGGCCUUCCGGGAUCUCUGAAUGGCUAAAGGGACCCCAGCCCCCUUUUUGUUGAAUUCCAGUGUGUCUCCAGUUCUAUGCCUCUGAACCCCAGCAGGGAUUGCUAAUGUGCUGUGAAUGCUGUGGGGGGGGGUCCUACCGCCUCUCUGGGGAGAAUUCCAUCCUCUCCUGGGGACCCCAGUUCUUACUCUUCUGUACAUCAAAGGGAUCUCAAGUCCUCCUUUCUCAAACUCUGAGCCCAAAGGAACCCAGGCCACAUUUCUCAAGCCCACAGAAGACCUCAGCUCCUUUUCCUGGGUCCCCCAAACUCUAGUGGGGACUCCAGAGCAGCCCUCAGAUCUUAGGCUGGCACUCGGUUCACCUUCCUCUGGAUCCCCCAGACCCAUUCCAGGGUAGGUAGCCUCAGGGGGCCCUGGCUUUACCUUUGGGCUUCAUCUUCUGUGCUGAGUUCUUCUGGGUACUGCCAGAGCUCCUCUGAUCGUCACAGGCCUCCCCAGCCCAGGAAUCUAGAUUUUUUUACUUCUGAACCCCUUCCCUCCAAGGCACCUCUAGUCCAUUUGAGGUUCUGUUAUUCCUCUUUCGCAAUCAGUGCACACUGAUCCCCCACUCUCUUGGAGCUCCCAGGCUGCUCUCUGCCCCUCCUCCCGCCUCCUCAGUUCUGCCUCCUUCAACUUGGCCUGACCCCCAUCCGCCAUAAGAUGAUGAUGUGGUCCAACUUCUUCAUGCAAGAGGAGGACCGCAGGCGGGCGGCUGUGGGCCGGCGGCGUGUUCAGGGACAGCAGAACUUCGGCCUGACAUCCGAGCGCGAGGGGAAGAUCAAACUCGUGCUGCUGCUGGUCACCGUGGGCGCCACGCUGGCCGUGCUAUCCGUGGGCACCGAAUUCUGGGUGGAACUCAACACCUACAAGGCCAACGGCAGUGCUGUCUGUGACGCCGCCCACCUGGGACUAUGGAAGGUGUGCACCAAGCGACUGUGGCAGGCGGAUGUGCCCGCAGGCAGGGAGACCUGCGGCCCAGCAGAACUGCCUGGAGAAGCAAACUGCACCUACUUUAAGUUCUUCACCACCGGGGAGAAUGCACGUAUUUUCCAGAGAACCACGAAGAAAGGAAUGAGCCCUCUUCAUGCUCUACAUUCCAUGUUCUUUGCUUCUUCCCUCUCAGAGGUAAAUCUGGCGGCUGCGGCAAUAGCGGUGUUGGGCUUGGCGGUCAUGGCCUUGGGCUGCCUCUGCAUCAUCAUGGUGCUCAGUAAAGGUGCAGAAUUUCUGCUCCGAGUUGGAGCUGUCUGCUUUGGCCUCUCAGGCCUGCUGCUCUUUGUGAGCCUGGAAGUGUUCCGGCAUUCCGUACAAGCCCUGCUCCAGGAAGUCAGCCCUGAGCCUCCCCCAGCUCCGAGUCUGACCUACGAGUACUCCUGGUCCCUGGGCUGUGGCGUGGGGGCCGGCCUGAUUCUGCUGUUGGGAGGUGGCUGUUUUCUGCUGCUCACUCUGCCGUCCUGGCCCUGGGGGUCACUCUGCCUCAAGCGGGGACACUCGGCUGCGUAGAGCCACUGUGCACUUUCUGUAGGCAACGGCCAACACUGUCUCUUCCCCUGGACGCCUUCUACCAAUGUCCUGAGAAACCACUUGCCAUCUCCACAGAGCUGUUUCUUAUCCCCCCACCUCUUCUCUUUGUAAAUAGGUUUUUUUUCUUGGUGGCUGAAUUUGGGUGGCUUGAGGUACAAGAGGAUGAGGCCUUUUGCAAAUGUGGGUUCCCUAGGGAAGCUGGCAGGAGACCUGAUCGGGAGGCUAGGGCCUGGGUGGGGGUGAGGUUGGGGAGGUCUUCCUUGUCCAGCUCUGGGUUAAUUCACUUGCCAUAGAGACUUCCUGUGACUGACCUGCA